GGGUCUAGUAUACCCUUAAAAGGCACAAACGUAUUUUUUACUUUUCGUUAAUUAUUUUCAGGGACGUAGCUGGCCAUGAAGCAUAUUUCUCAUUAAACGAAAUUUUUAUGAGACUAGCACAUGGUAUUGUGUUUGUAUAUGACAUAACAAACGACGGUAAUUUCAUUCAAGCAAAGGAAUGGAUGGAAAAGCUUAAAACGAAAAUGACUGACUGUGAAGUGAUUGUUGUUGGGAAUAAGUGUGAUUUAGAACACAAAAGAGAAGUGAGCACUCUCAAGGGUUAUGAGCUUGCCUUCGAAUAUAGUGCAAAAUACUUCGAAGUAAGUGCCAAAACUAACGCUAAUGUCCAUGAAACAUUUAACAAACUACUAAGAUCUACAUUAGCAAGGAAAUAUGGAAAGAAGGAUACAGUUCCUGAAGAAAUCGUACAGGAUCCAUUUGCAUUACUUUUGUAUGAAAAGGCUUUGCAAGCAGGAAAAGAGAAAGAUAAGUCAAUUCGUGUUAAUGUAGUUGGAAACUUUAGACAAGGUAAAUCGACACUAAUGAGAAGGUUGUUGGGACAAAAGAUCAAAGGGAUUCAAAGUACUGAUGGAAUAGUUGUAGAACAUUACAAAUGUGAACAAGACAGAGAUGGGAAAUUACGCUAUACCAAAGCUGACGACAUUGAUAAAUCAGAAUAUAUCAAACGAGUGGUCUCUGUCGCUGUGAGUGAAAAGAAUAAAUCUAAAGCACAGGAAACACAGUCAUUGACAGAAUCAAACGUUUUGUAUGAAACGAAACAAAAGAUCUUAAAAUCUUAUGUUCAUGAAGAUGACAGAGAUUUACAAAGCGACUUGAAUGCAGAAAGAAAACGUGUUUCAUCAAACGGAAACGAAACAGUUGAUGACGUAUUGAAUAAAAUUUCUAUUUUAUCUUCAGAGGAAAAGGGGAUGUUUGCAGAAGCUCUGAAGACCAAUCAGGCUUCUCCGCAACAAGAAAGACAAACCGAAUUUGAUAUUUGGGAUUUUGGCGGGCAGUACAUUUUCUAUGCAACUCAUACAAUCUUUCACAGCAGAAGGGCAAUUUAUCUGUUGGUGUUUGACUUGACUUUAGAUCUGGACCAAUGUAUUUUAGAUGAGAAAUAUCCAAAUGAGUCAGAAAACAGAAACAUGAAAUACUUCAUACAGUUCUGGAUGAGUUCUAUCCACUCGUUUGUUGGGAAUGGAUUCAAUUGGAGAAGUCUCUGUUUGAAAAAAAAACACCUUAAACUUAUUUCAGUUGAGUUCGUCUUGGCGAUAGAUGCAGAAAAUGAGUUUCCCCUGGGUGAUGUGGAACAGGUCAAAUUAUUCCUUCUAUUUCAUCAUGCCAAAGGCACAUUUGUUUAUUUUGAUGAAGAACCAAUAUCAGAAUAUGUUGUGCUUGAUCCUCAAUAUCUCAUAGAUGCAUUCAAAUGUAUAAUCACAAGCGAAAGAUUCUGCACAAAUGAACCAGAAAUCCGUCCACUUUGGAAAUUGUUACUGACAGAGGGAAAACUUGAGAAACAGCUGAUUAAUCGCAAGUGGGGAAAACCUGAAAACGAAAUCGACAUUUUUAAGGAAAACAAGGAAGUUCUUCUUUCAUUUCUUGUGAAACAUCACAUUAUAUCAGAAGCUAAGGUUUUUGAUGAAGACACUCAACACUCGACAGGACUAGGCUGGUUUGUGGUUCCAAGCCUGCUUGGUGACCAUUCAUCGCGAGCAGAGAAAACAGAAUUUCUCAAUGGAAAAAAACUGACAAAACUUCGCUAUGUGUUAGUUUUCAGUACCUCGCCAAUAGUGUCUACAGUGUACAAUCGCUUAGUAUCAGCUGCAAUAGGAAGGUGGCCAAUAGCAAAAGCUGGCAAGAAAACAUUAUUGUUUAAAGAUAUGUGUAUAGUCAGACUGAACAUGGACCACGCUGGAUUGAUAGAGAUUAGACAUGACAGCAUUGAGAUGACAGUUGUUAAUCUGUGUCAUACAACAGAUGUUAACAGUGAACAAGCUGACAGUUUCCGACGAUUUUUGGAAUCUGUAACAGCACACGAAUUUCAGAAGCUACGGAGUACAGAAGAGACCAACGACAAACCAUACACCAUUUUCUUCAGAUGCAAUCACGAUAGUCAUGGUGCAGAUGGAAGUGAAAAUCUAAUUUCUAUGGAUGAAAUGAGGAGUGGAAAAGUAGUUCCAUGUCCAGACCUGAAAACUCAUGAUAUCGACAUAGAAAUGUCAAAGGAAGAGUGGUUUCAAGACAACAAAAAGAUAACAGUCAUUCCAGACUACCAGUUGACAGACAAACUACUCAGCUGCUUAUCGCCGUGUAUUGGACAAAACUGGCAGUUGCUAGGACUCGAACUUGGGCUGACGCAAGUUCAGAUAGAUCAAAUUAUUGAAGAUCAUCCACAUAGUGCUGUCAUGAGGAUAUAUUUCAUGCUCCGAAACUGGUGCAAAGAAGAUGAAGGUAAAGCAGUGCUAACGGUACUAGUUGAAACACUGCAGCGAUGUCCACAUGUGCAGAUUGAUUGGGACAAACUGAGAAACGUUUUAGAUAAACUACAUUAGGAGGUUCAAACGAGCUCAUUCCAUGGAACAUCGUUAUUGAUCAACUAAUAUGUUAGUGCUGAUAUGGUACAAACUGAUAAACAUAAACCUUUAGAGCGUCAAAAGGAGAUGAUUCAUUCGAACAUUAUUAUAGAUUAAUUGAUCAAUUAAUGAUGAUUGGAACAAACUAAGAACUGCAUUAAGAUGUUCAAACCACUCAUUUCAUUGAUCAUCAUUAUAGAUUAACUGAUUAGUUAGUGUUAAUUGGGACCGACUGCGAAACGUUCAUAAAGAGGUUCAAACGAGCUCAUUCAUUGGAACAUCAUUAUAGAUAAACUGUUCCUUAGUGUUAACUGGGAAAAAGUGAGAACUACAUUAAGAUGUUCAAACCAGUUCAUUCCAUUGAACAUCAUAAAAGAUUAUCUGAACAGUAAAUGUUUAUUUGGAGAAACUGCGAAAAGUUGUGGAUGAACUACAUUAAGAGGUUCAAACUAGCUCAUUCUUUGGAACAUCAUUAUAGAUAAACUGAUCAGUAAGUGAUGAUUUGGGAAAAACUGAGAACUGCAUAAAGAUGUUUAUACGAGCUCAUUCUCUAAAACAGCGUAAAUAAAAUGAUCAUUUAGUGUUGGUUUGAAUAAAUUCAAAACAAGACAGCAGUCAUGAUCGAACUGGGAUAAUGUCUUCAAAUGAGCAUAGAUCAAAAUAAACUUAGAAAUGUUUAAGAUUUGAUUUUUUUAUUACUUGAAAGUAAAACAUAUGUUACAAUGUAACAGAUGUACCUUAUGAAAGAGAUAUUAACAGUUAAGCUUGCUUUUAAAGCUUCCAGUGUUGUAUGUUUUAAAGCUCUUUUGAAUCGAUAAUGUUACUAGAGUUGUUCGUAAGCAUGAAUGUUGGUACUGUACUAAGGUUACAUAUUUCGAUUCCUUUAUAUAGUGAAUCUUGAAUAUUACUUACUGGAGAUCCUUAUCUGUCAACAAUGUGAUCAUGUGUAAAAUAGAAAAAUAUCCCGAACCAAAUCAAUUACUUGUAAAUGUAGUCAACAACAUAUAAAUGCUUGUCUGUUAAUUUUAUUUUUUCAAUACAGAUUUUUUUGUGUUGUUCUUCUUUUAUUUCAAAUGACCAUUUCAAGAAAAAAACCUGUUUUUUUUUUUUUUUUUUUUUUUUAAAUAUGCCAGAAACAUGCAAAUCCCGCAUGAUUAUUUAUUUAACUUUAAGUGCAAAUCUAGGGCUAUAAGGGGAAACGACUAAACAUAACUGAGGGUAAAUAGGUAAACCCUAUUGGUAACAUAAUCUUAGUUACUUAGAUGUAGCUGCAGUUUUCAUCUACUAUAAUAAAAAGAACAAAAAUGUUAUUGUAUAUAUUCACAUCUUACAUAUGCAGCUGUUUUAACUUUUCAAUAUACCCCUCUAGUAUUUCAAAAUAAAGUACUCAUCUCUGUCAUUUUCUCAGAAAGAUAACGAAUAGAAAAAGUAAAAUGAAUUGUCUAAGAAAAUGGACAUACAUUUUUCGUAAUAUUUUCCAUUUGGCUGAGUGAUACAAGGGCUUGGGAGUGAACUUGAAUAUUAGUUUUAAUUAAGGUAAUGUUCGCAUUACAAUAUUACAAAAUGA